UAUCAGUUCAAGGAUCACUUUAUUGUUUGUGUGUGUGUGUGUGUGUCUUAAAAAAAAAUGUCACCACUGAUAAAUUUACCAAUUACUGUAUGUCGAUUAAUAAUAUUCAUUCAAUUCCAACGAUUUAUUUUGGCCGAUUGGGAAUCCUGGUGGACAUAUGAAGGAAUUUCCGGACCGGAUUUUUGGGGCCGUCUAAAUCCAAAAUGGUCACAUUGUAGUAAAGGUCAAAGACAGUCACCAAUUGAUAUUGAUACAUCGACAUUAUUAUUUGAUCCAUAUUUGGAACCAAUAAAAAUCAAUGGUGAUUAUGUACGUGGACAAUUGGUCAAUACUGGUCGUGGUAUUUCAUUAUUAGUGGAUCGAUCAACAACAUCAAGCGGUGGUGAUAAACAUGUUACAAUAAGUAAUGGACCAUUCAGUUAUCAAUAUACAGUAUCAAAUAUAACAUUACAUUUUGGCCGUGAAAAUGAUCGUGGUUCUGAACAUACAAUUGAUGGUAAACGUUUUCCAGGUGAAUUACAAUUAUAUGCAUAUAAUUCACAAUUAUAUUCAAAUUGGUCGGAAGCAAAACGUGAACCAAAUGGUUUAGUGGCUAUAUCAAUAUUUAUAAUGGUUAGUGGACAUCCAGGUGGACAAAUGGUUACAUCUAAUGUAGGUGUUAAUAAUAAUGAUAAUCAUCAUCAUCAACAUAAUCAUCAACAUCAUCAUCAUCAUCAUCAUCAGCAACAACAACAGCCACCAAAUGCAGCAUUAAAACAGAUAACUGGUCUUUUAAAAAAUAUAACCAAACGUGGCUUAAGCUAUCAAAUUGAAUCAUUAAGUAUAAUGGAUUUAUUACCAUCAUCAUGGAAACAUUAUGUUACAUAUGAAGGAUCGAUAACACAACCUGCAUGUUAUGAAACCGUACAAUGGGUCAUAUUAAAUAGGCCAAUUUAUCUAUCAUCAUAUCAAUUUCAUAUGUUAAGACAUUCAUUAAAAGGUGAUGGCCAUCAGGAUAAUUUUCGUCCAACACAGCCACGUAAUAAACGAUCAAUACGUUGUAAUAUUGUAUAUGAAAAUAUUGGUGGCACUGGUGAUGAUGGUAAUCAUCAUCAUUCAUCGAAUACGAUGAUUUCAAAUGAUAUUCAACAGAAACAACGAAAACGAUCAUCAUCAUCAUCGUCAUUAAACAAUCAGGAAUUAAAUCGUAUGGCUGAUCAUCAUCAUCAUCAUCAUAUGGAUAAUAAUGGAACAAAUGAAUCAAACCUUGAAUUUGAUCAGUGA